AAGCCAAUGCCCAACCCCUCAAUUUCCCACAACAAUCAUCCCUCAAAUCAAAAGGCAUUUUCACUCAAGAAAAUAAACCUCCCUUUUUUAAAAUGGCCUCAAAAGCAUUGUCAUCAAUUGUUGUCUUCCUAUGCCUCAACCAAGUGUUUUUCACUAUGGUGAGUUCCAAUUCCGUCCCUUGUCCACCACCACCACCACCACAUACUACCCCACAGUCACCUAGCCAUGGUGGCCAAUAUGGAGGGAACCCACCGAUGUCCCCUACACCACUUACCCCAGGAUCACCUAGCCAUGGUGGCCAACAAGGAGGAAAUCCACCAAUGUCCCCUUCACCACUUACUCCAGGGUCACCGAGCCAAGGUGGACAACCAGGAGGGAACCCAACAAUGGCCCCACCACCACCAUCAAAAGGGAAUUGCCCUAUUGAUAUUCUAAAGUUGGGGGCAUGUGCCAAUGUGUUGAGUGGCUUGCUCGGAACUGUUAUUGGAAGCUCACAAAACCGUCAAUGUUGCACUCUUCUUCAAGGUUUGACUGACCUUGAUGCAGCAAUAUGCCUUUGCACCGCCAUUAAAGCUAAUAUAUUGGGGAUUAAUGUUAAUGUGCCUAUCUCUUUGAGUGUCUUGCUCAAUCAAUGUAGCAAAAGUAAUACCUCUGGCUUCCAAUGCAAUUAAUUUUUGUCAUCACGUACAAUCUUAAGAAAAUAUUUCCCUAAAUAAUUAUUAAUUAAGCCAAGAAGCAAAUGUUACGCAAUGUUUUAUUCAUAUUUAAUUUGUAUACGUAUGGUAUUUUAUAGAUGUUUGUUGUUAGGUGUAAGUUGAUUUUGUUGGCGAUCAAGCUAUAUGCUAGAUACGCCCUUGAAUUGGCAAGAUCACCUUCACGCCUAGCUGAUAUUAAUAUUUUUGUAAUUUUGUUAUUCAAUUAUAUACAUGAUCGAGAUUCUUAAAUAAAAAUUACAUACUCCGUAUAAAUGAAUCCUGAGCUAUAUCAUAGAUCUAAGUU